ACUUCCAUAUUUGGAAACGUCAAAGGAGUUCACUUCCUCUUGGAUUCUUCAAAGCUGAGAGUUGUUUCUGUUUAUUUCUACGUUUUAAAAUGCCGGCGUACCACUCGUCGUUAUCUGCGCCUAAUUCCUUGUGCAAGAUGGCGCUGCUUCCCAUCAACACGAAGUUCAAAGGCCCAGCUCCGCCCGGAGAUGGAAAUCCCGAUAUCAUAGAAGAAGCGAUCUAUUUUUUCAAAGCCAACGUUUUCUUCAAAAGCUAUGAGAUCAAGUCUGAGGCAGAUCGUGUUUUGAUUUACCUGACACUUUACAUCACAGAAUGUUUGAAGAAGCUUCAGAGGUGCUCUUCCAAAGAAAAUGGUAAAAAGGAGAUGACAACCUUAGCAAUGGCUAAUUUUGUCAUUCCAGGAGACAAUGGGUUUCCACUGAAUGCUAUGUACUCAAAACCAAGUAGUAAAGCUGAAGCAGAUUCUACGAGGGCAUACUUGACACAGUUGAGACAAGAACUUGGCCAGAGACUAGUGGAAGCUGUGUUUGAUCCACAGACAGAUAAACCAUCCAAGUGGUGGAUGUGUUUUGUGAAGAGAAAGUUCAUGGACAAGAGUCUGUCAGCCCCAGGGCAGUAGUGGUACAAAGAUUGUGAGGAACCUGGAAUAGAAACCGCGGAUUUUUACUUGUAAAGAUGAAAACAGUGGAAUUUGUUAAUUUUCAUGUUCAAAAUAAAGCCUUUCACACUUAAAUGAUUUGAGUGUGAUUUUUUUGUCAUUGA